UUUAUAACUCUACCACGUACAAAAAAUGGAAGCCCUUCAGAUUUUCGUAGCCAUUUUCAUCUUGGCUCUUGCAUCGCCUUUGACCUUUGCCUCUGAUCCUAGCCCUCUUCAGGACUUUUGUGUAGCCAUUAAUGAUCCCAAGGGCUCUGUGUUUGUCAACGGAAAAUUCUGCAAAGACGCAAAGCUUGCCAAAGCAGAUGACUUCUACUUUUCAGGUCUCCAUAUCCGCAAAAACACAUCCAACACAUUUGGAUCUACUGUCACACCUCUUAAUGUUGCACAGAUGCCAGGACUUCACACAUUGGGGAUAUCUAUGGUUCGAAUUGACUAUGCACCUAACGGUGGCCUGAACCCUCCUCACACUCACCCUCGUGCCUCAGAGAUUCUAGUUGUUCUGGAAGGCACACUCCAUGUCGGUUUCAUUACAUCGAAUCCAGAUAAUCGUUUGAUUUCUAAAGUCCUAUAUCCAGGAGAUGUCUUUGUUUUUCCUGUGGGUCUCAUUCACUUUCAGUACAACAUAGGGAACACCUAUGCUGUCGCCUUUGCUGGUCUUAGCAGUGAAAACCCAGGGGUGAUCACUAUUGCAAAUACAGUAUUUGGCUCAAACCCUUCCAUUAAUGCUGAUAUUCUUGCCAAGACUUUUAAUCUGGAUAGGAAAAUGGUGAAGAAUCUUCAAUCCAAAUUCUGAUGGGAUAACAUUCGAAGGAAUGUUCGAAUGAUGUUUGAAUUUGUCAUUUGUUAUUUAUAGUAAAAUUAAAUUUUAUUUUAUUUCUGAAAUAUAGAAUAAAAGAGGUUGUUUAUGGGCCUCAUCUUAUGUUUGUUUGAAUUUUAGCAUAUUAUAAAAUUGAAAAGUGGUCUUUAUUUGAA